AUGGGAGGGCGGACAUUAGACAAGAAAGACUCAGUUGCCCAAUUCAAGUACCUCGGGUCCCUUGUCACCUCAGACUGCGAAACCCUACCAGACGCCAGACUCCGUGUCAACACAGCGUGGAUGAAGUGGCAUCAGGUGAAUGGAGUCUUAUGUCACAAGAGAAUGCCAAUCUAUCUUAAGGCGAAAGUCUAUAAGUCGAUUGUGCACCCAGUGGCACUCUACGGGUCAGAGUGCUGGCCAGCGAUGACCAAACAUGAACAAGCUCUUCACACCAUGGAGAUGAAGAUGCUGAGGUGGCCUCUGGGUCUCACACGACUUCACCGAGCGAGGAACGAUGAUGUCAGGAAACAAUGGGGCGUGACACCGAUCACAGACAAGAUGCGAGAGGCGAGGCUCCGAUGGUACAGCCAUGUUGUCCGUAGCGAUAAAAAUUCCAUCGCAAAGACAGCCCAGCAAUUAGAUCUGGAGGGAAACAGGCCGCAAGGAAGACCAAAAAAGCGCUGGAUGGACCGAAUCAAGGAUGAUAUGAAGGCUGUGAAUGUUACACCAGAAGACGCCCUUGAUAGGAAGAAGUGGAGGAAGGCAUGCAAGAUAGCGGACCCUGCGUCGCGGGAUAUAAACCGCUAGGAAGA